CGGAGACAUAAAGCUACUGCGAGAGUCCAGAUUCAAAUGGCAUCAUGUCUACCAAUAAGUCCAGUUGCGCCCUAGGCCUGCCACGGGACGCCUCUAACGUCCACCACAUGCUCAAGCGAGAUCUGUGGCGAAUCCCUCCACACGGACAAGAUCGAUUCUGAUGCAGCGCAGUUGGGCCGCUCUCUUAUGGCGCUCGCGAGUCACUCAAUGCCAAGCGUACUGGUGUGACGAUUAGGGUUUAUGGAUGGUGGAGAUAGUAAGGAUGCCAUCCGAUUCGGUAAUGGCAGCUUUCCGGGGCUUCGCUUAGUGGGAAGCUACGAUUGUCUCACUCACUUUCUUCUUGCACCCCGUGCUUGCAGUCUAACUUUCCACCACCACCUCCUACUCGAAGGACCGACUGGAGUAUACAAGACUUAGUGCUUAGUCUCAGUAACGAUGGGUGUCACUAAGAAGCUCAUCUCGCCCGGCGACGGCGUCACUAAGCCGAAAGCAGGCGAUACGAUUACGAUGGAAUACACUGGAACUCUCUUCGACCAGAAUGCUCCGGACAACAAGGGCAAACAGUUUGACUCCUCCGUCGGUCGUGGCGACUUCAAAACGAAGAUCGGAGUAGGCCAGGUUAUCAAGGGCUGGGACGACGGUGUCCUCAGCACCGAUGGUGGCAUGACCCUGGGCGAGAAAUCCACGCUGAUCAUUACUGGCGACUACGCCUACGGUGACCGUGGCUUCCCGGGCCUUAUCCCACCAAAUGCGACUCUGGUCUUUGACGUGCAGCUCAAGGGCAUUAACAACAAGCAGAUGUAAAGCAGCAAAACGAUAGAUAUGGAGGCACUUCUGGAUUGGCGGCAGACUGAAAAGUUUUAAGGCGCCAUACGG